AUGCCGAUCCAACUAUGGGGCAAAGAUCAAAUCAAAAUCAUCUAUGAAAAUGCCGCUGGCAACAACAUUUCCGCUCUAGAACCUCCCUUUCAACAACACACAUUUCGAGAUCAGGAUGAUGAUGAUGAAUUGGGUCACUAUUCACGACUGGAGUUUCCAAGUCUUUAUAGAAGGGUGCUCAUCAGGACCAAGCGUCAGGUCUCAAGGUUGGGCGCCAUUCGUAUCCUGCGCAUUGAUCUGGUCCAUUGGACAAUGCUUCUUGUAUGGCUAAGUUUGCUAGCCAAAUUUUCGACCACUUAUACGCGAUUAUACGUGCGUUCAGCGUUACUGACGACAAUAUGCACCAAUGCGCUUUUAUUUGGUACAUCCGACAUUCUUGCACAAUGUAUCCAUCAAAAUGGCCUUGAUGAAUCACUUCGGAUGCCGCUGGGCCCCGCCCAAUUUUCAAAUCAGCAUGAUGAGCUCGACCUCGAAGAUAGCGUAUCGAUCUUCAAUGACUAUGGCCCGGCACUCUCAAAUGGUCGUUCAGAAGACCGCAUCGUUUUGGAACCUUCCCAUCAUUUUGCAUUUUUCCGAUGGGCAUGCUUCAUGGCCUGGGGGUCCGGCCUGGCUUUUUUCCAACUACCAUGGUAUCGCAUCCUCAACUAUCUGUACACAGAAGACCCUAGCAUUGUUCAAACAAUAGAAAGAGUUUUGUCGGAUCAACUUGUUUACUCUCCGAUCUCUCUUUUCUGUUUCUUUGCUUAUUCCAACUUCGUCAUGGAAAGAGGCGAUGCCUCAACGCUUAAAACCAAAGUCGAAAAUGUGUAUCUUGGUACGCUGGGCUACAAUUACAUGUUGUGGCCCCCUGUGCAAUUUAUCAACUUUAUGCUGAUGCCCAAGAAUUUGCAGGUUCCUUUCAGUUCAUCAAUUGGCGUUAUGUGGAAUUGUUUCCUGUCCAUGCGCAAUGCCUCUACAGCACAAAAAACUUAG